GAAGCGAGUGCUGCGGCGCUGCCGCCAUGGAGGAGGCGCCGCUGGGCCGCGGUCGAUGACCUGCAGCAACCGCGGAGGCAGCCCCGGCAAGAAUAUAUCUUACCUCUUAAGUGCUGAAGAUUAAGAAUGUUAAGAAGGCAGAAAUGCAAGGAGUGAAGUGAAAUCUUAAAGUGAAGGUGUAUAUAUUAAGCAGGAACUGAAUCCCGCAUAAGCCACAAUGGAAGAAAUUCCAGUUAAAGUAGCAGUGAGAAUAAGACCUCUACUUUCAAAAGAAGUACUUCACAAUCAUCAAGUGUGUGUGAGAUUAAUCCCAAAUACUCAGCAAAUUAUCAUUGGAAAGGAUCGUGUUUUCACAUUUGAUUUUGUUUUUGGUAAACAUUCAAGCCAAGAUGAAGUGUAUACAACAUGUAUUAAGCCACUGGUUACAUCUUUAAUAGAAGGAUAUAAUGCAACAGUUUUUGCCUAUGGACAAACAGGCUCUGGAAAGACUUAUACUAUUGGAGGAGGACAUAUUGCAUCAGUUGAAGAGGAGAAGAGAGGUAUUAUUCCACGGGCGAUCCAAGAAAUAUUUCAGAUUAUUUUUGAAAACCAUAAUAUUGACUUUACUGUGAAAGUUUCUUACAUAGAAGUCUACAAAGAAGAACUGAGAGAUCUACUGGAACUGGAGACAUCUAUGAAAGAUUUACAUAUUAGAGAAGAUGAAAAGGGCAAUACAGUCAUUGUUGGUGCCAAAGAUUGUCAAGUUGAAAGUGUGGAAGAAGUCAUGAGUCUGUUGGAAACUGGAAAUGCUGCUCGACAUACAGGCACAACCCAAAUGAAUGAGCAUUCUAGCCGAUCUCAUGCUGUUUUUACAAUUAGUAUUUGUCAGCAGCAGCAAUCAGCACAGACUCAGAAGGUUACAGACUCUGCCCAAGAUCCUUCUCAAAGUUCGGGUCAGCUGAUAGCUUCUAAAUUCCAUUUUGUGGACCUUGCCGGAUCAGAAAGAGUAACAAAAACUGGGAACACUGGUGAAAGAUUCAAAGAAUCAAUUCAGAUCAACAGUGGCUUAUUGGCUCUGGGAAAUGUGAUAAGUGCUCUUGGAGACCCAAGGAGAAAAAGUGCACAUAUUCCAUACAGGGAUGCAAAAAUUACACGGAUUCUUAAGGACUCUUUAGGAGGCAAUGCCAAGACUGUCAUGAUAACUUGUAUCAGCCCAUCUUCUUCUGAUUUUGAUGAAUCAUUAAAUUCUAUCAAAUAUGCCAACAGAGCCAAAAAUAUUAGAAACAAGCCUAUUGUUAACUACAACCCAGACUGGGAUCGUAUGGAUGAAAUGGAACUUGAAAUCAAGUUGCUUCGUGAAGCUUUGCAAAACCAGCAGGUUAGUGGACAAAUCACUGGCAGCCAAGGGUCACAGGAUGUAUCUCAGGACAGAAACAGAAUCCAUUCUCUUGAAGAGCAGCUUGCUCAACUUCAAGUAGAAAGCUUCAACUACCGAAAUUGUAUAGAAGAAGCUUAUUCGUUCUUUGUUGACUUAAAAAAUAGUGCCAGCCUAUCAAAAAGUCAACUUGAAAGAUUGCAAGACUGGAUUUGUGUGGCUCAGGAACUCAGGAAAGAGGCUUCAACAAUUCCUCAGGUAAACAGUGGAAGUGGAGGUAACCAAGAAGGACCAUAUCAUAUUACAAUUCUUCAGUUGAAGAGAGAGCUGAAGAAAUAUCAGCAGGCUCUUGCUACAGAUGCAGAAGUGUUUAACGAGAAAGAGCUAGAGAUAAAACUAUUGCAAGAUCAAAUACAAAAGCUAAUAAAGGAGAAUCAAGAGUAUCUUGAAUCACUGAAGGAAACACAAGACACAAAUAGGCUACAGAAUGAGAAACUGGUGGAGCAACAACUUAUAAUUGACCAGCUAAAUGACAAGUUAGAGAAAAUGGAAAAACCUUCUGGCUCCAGUGGUGCUUAUGGAGAUGGACCAGCUGCUUUAAUAUCUGCUAAAAGACCUUACAGUGUUCCACUAACUAAACAUUUGGCACAAUCUUUUAACGUGCCAGGGGAGAUGCCAUCUCGAAAGGUACACACAAGCCCUCCUGCAUACUCCCUAAACAGAAUAAUUGCUGGAUUUCAAACCCGUAGCCAAAUAAUGAUGGAUCACAUAGAAGAACAAGAUGAAGUUCUUCAUAACUGCUUUUCCGAUCACAGUGAUGAAGAUGAAAGGAAUGCAGAGAAUCAGAAGAGACUCCCAUUUAGACGGUCUUUAAACCGUACAUGGACACGAAAACAGGCUCUGUGCAGUGCUAAAUAUAAAGAGAUGCAGCACAAUUCCAGUUUACAAAAUGGAAAUAUUUCAAAGAUUGAAACAGUUACAGGUAAGAAAGGUGUUGACAUUGAAUGUAUCCAGAAAGAUCAGAUAUUAAACAUGCAGAAAUUAAAGAAUUCAGAGCUAAAACUUACUGCUGCUAAGCAAAAAAUGAGCGAACUUACACUGAAUAUCAGAAUGAAAGAGGAACUUAUUAAAGAACUGGUGAAAACAGGCAAUGAGGCCCAAUCUGUAAGCAAACAGUAUUCUCUGAAAAUAACACAGCUGGAACAGGAAGCAGAGAAGGCCAAAAUGGAUUUAGCUGAAACACAAAAGCAGUUGCAGGGGUUAGAGAAGAAGGAACUCAGAGACAUCACUGAAAAAGUGAGAUUACAGAAAGAAUUUAGGAAGAAGAUGGAUGCUGCUAAGCUAAAAGUUCAGGUCUUACAAAGAAAGCAGCAAGACACUAAGAAGUUGGCAUCAUUAUCCACUCAAAAUGAGAAGCGUAUUUUGGAAGUAGAACAGAAUGUCAAUCACAUGAAAAAUCAACAAGCUGAGCUACAAAAAAAGUUGCGAGAGGAGAGUGAAAAAAAGAAAAUCUUGGAAGAGGAAAUUCAACAAGGACAACUACAGAUUAAGGAGCUUCAACAAAAGACAGAACAACAGGAGAAAAUUCUAAAACUAAAAGAUGAAGAAAUUGCUGCAAUUAAGAGGAACAAUUCAACUGGAACUCCACAGCAACUGCAGAAAUUUGAAGAGAAAAAGAAAUGGCUGGAUGAAGAGUUAGAGAAAGUUUUGCAUCAACGUCAAGAAUUAGCUAAUCUGGAAGAAGAUUUAAAAAAGAGAGAAGCUAUCAUUUCCAAGAAAGAAAUUUUGCUGCAAGAGAAGAACCAUUUGGAAAUAAAAAAACUGAGAUCUAGUCAGGCUCUCAAUAAAGACAGUUUGAAAUUAUCUUCCCGUCUGAAUAUGCUGGAUCAGGAAUUAUGUGACAAAAAUAUACAGCUUCAGAGUAGCACCAUUGAUGAGCAGGGAAAGAUUUUUGAAGAGAUUCAGGCUCUGCAGAAGGAAAGGGAUCAACUGUUGAAAAGAAGGAACAGUGUGGAUGAGAAACUCAAGAAUGGUAGAGUGUUGUCACCUGAAGAAGAACAUGUCCUAUUCCAGCUUGAAGAAGGGAUUGAAACCUUAGAAGUUGCCAUUGCAUACAAGAAUGAAAGUAUCCAAAAUCACCAGGACUCAAUCAGAGCCUCAACACACAUUCUCAUGCAUAGUGAAGCCAAUAUGACGGGAAAGUUGGUUUCCUUGUCUGCUAAUGAACUUCAGGCAAUUCUCUUAAAGUAUUUUAAUAAGGUUGUCAGGCUCCGUGAGACUGAACGUAAAUUGCAACUGCAGGCUGAGGAACUGGGAAUGAGGGUAAUGGAACAAGAAAACAUAAUACGAGAACUUGAAUUGGCACUUGAACAUCUCAUGCUGCAGUGUGACAGGCGUCUGACUCUCCAGCAAAAAGAACAUGAACAAAAAAUGCAAUUAAUACUACUUCAUUGCAAAGAACAAGAUGGUGGAAGUAUUGCAGAAACCCUUAAAACAUAUGAAGCUAAAGUCCAACAACUAGAAAGAGAUUUGUUUUUCUAUAAGAAAUCCAGCCGAGAAUUAAAGAAGAAAUUAAAGGAACUACUUGGAGACUUACCAUCAAUACACCAUCAUCCUCUGACACAAAGUUAUUGUUCUACAGAUGGAAUCCUGAAUCAAGAAGAAGCAAGUGCCUUGUCAGAAGAAUUCAGGAUAUCCAAAUCAGUAGGAAAAUUCAAAGAAAAAAACCAGGCAGUAGAUGGGUUGGAAGCACAGCAAAAUUCACAUAGAGUUGGAGAAACUGUAGAACUGCUAUUCAAUAUUUCUGGUAUUCAGGAAGAGCAAACAGGGAAAAUACAGCAGCCUGCAAAAUCGCAACCACAAGCAUCCUGUCAUUCUCAGGCAAAAGAUACUGGGACCCAGCUUCAAGGAGUAACCCCAGUAAAACUUUCUCGCAAAGAAUUACGUCAUAUCCCUGCCUCUGAGCUUUCAUCAAGGCGCUCAAGCCUUACAGCUGGAGUACAUUCUGUACCUGAAGUUUCUACUGAAAUGCCUAGAAAAGCUAAGGACUAAUACGUAAAUAAUCCUGUGAUAUACAGUCUCCAAAAUUCCUAAUUUAUUGCAGGCAGCUGUGACAUUAAUAUGAGUUAUUUCUAGGAGUCGUGCCUCACUGCAGAUAAUGCAUUGUACUCACAUAGAAAUCUAAGGUGCAUUAUUGGCACUGUAAUGUUAUAAAAGGACCAAAAUUUUGCCUUAAUUACAUUAAAAUGCUUAUAUUUAUUACAUAUUUUAUAGUAUGGAUUGGAUUGUAUGGAAUGGAUUGUCACGCUAUGUCUUAAAUGUAUUCUGUUCUGCAUGAAAUUCUAGGGCCAAGUCAGACAUAUCUUUUCAUGAGCAAUCCUGGCCAUACUGAAAAAAUAUUUAUAGUAACAUACAUGUAAAAAACCAACACAAGAUGCUACAGGAAGUACCACUGACUGUAUCUGUGAUCAGUUAUGUUUAUACAAUAUAGCUCUCUGUAAAUAUGUAGGUGGAAACAAUGUGAAGUGCCCACAUGGACAACUAUUAUGUGAACUGGCCCUUUGUAAGGUGUUCAUAGAGAAAGCAGCAAUAAUUGGUUUCCUAACCCUCAUUAGUCCAAUCAUACUUACGCUGAAGUUUAUAAGAAAGCACUGGACUUUGGUCCCGACCAAGACCUUAAAGUUUAAGUUGUCUUUCCAAGGAAAAACUUAGUGUUGUUUAACAAAACACAUGCUAAAGUUCAUACUUAAAUAAUCCUUUUAAGUCUUAAUUGUAUGCAAACCUUAUUAAUAACUGAAUUGGUUAUGAAGUGACCUUGAAAGUGCUGAAGAAUGCCACUGGAACUGGCCUUUUUACAGAAGACAUUUUCUGCAGAUGUAUUCCACAAUAACUAUCAGGAUAACUAUCAGGAUGAUUUUUAUUCCUGCAGGGAAAUCACUGCUCUAAUGCUAACUCACUGACCAUUUACAUAGUUGUAGGUGUACUGGAACUAGUUGGUAAAUUACCCCCCUUAAGAACAAUAGAACAUGAUUCUGCUAUAUAAAAGUAUGUUGCAUAUACUAAAGUGAGCCACACAAUUAUAGAUUAGAAUGCUAUUUUGUAAACUAGCCCUGAUGCAUAAUGACAUUAGUGGCAUGCUUAAGGAAAGAGAGGUGGAGAUCAUGUACUCUCUCAGUUGGCCCUCUCCCCACCCCAUCCGUGUAUACCACUGUCCUCUUUGCCCACCCCACUAUCUUCCCCUAUCCAGAUAUAUAAUUACAUGUGACCAUUGUUACUUAAUUAAAAUGAAUCUGAGGGCACUUACAAAGUUUUUCACAAUAGCUUAGAUUCUGACUAGCUCUUCUAUGAAAAUGGCUCCUUUUCACAAAAAGGUGUUUCCUUUGGCACCACUUCCCAUAUUCCAGGGCUACUCAACUCUGGAACAGAUUUUGAGGGGACUGCAGGAAGAAUAGGUGAAAAUCAUCUUUCUGCUCUCUUCCUUUUUGCCAACAGGUGCAUCCUGUGAGCAGAAUUUCCCUCUUAGGAUCAACAAAAAUGUGCUUCUGAUUUUAAAAAAAUAAAGAAUAAAAUAGUCUACAAGCAGAAUAGAGAAGUACUUUGGGAAUAUAUUUUUAAAAGAGACAUUACAUCAUAUUUUAAAACUCAAACUAUCUGCAAAAGGGGCAGUUUCAUGACAUAUUGUUAUUAGUGAUGUUUGAGACUAAAUAAUAGUGGUUAAAACCAACUGUUCUCUUAAUUACAUUUGUUUGUUGCCUGUUUCUUUGUUGAAUCGUGUUGUGAAAGUCUCAUAAAUGACAGUGGUCUGAUGUUCUGAUGUUCCACUUUUAGCAUUACAUUUUUUAUUUAGAAAUGUGUACAACACAGAUAUAAAUGUUGUAGAAUAUAAAUCUGAAAUGCAGUAAAUAUGUUUCUUAAUGUGUAUGCACUUUUUGAACAAUACUCUUUUAAACUUAAAAGAAAA